AUGGCAUUCUCCAAGACCGAAACAUAUAUCAUGGACCCGGCUUCGGGUAAGCAGAUAAAGUUGGAGUCCAAUUGUGAGGACAAGACCCAUCUCGUCCCUGCCAAGCACGUAUGUCAAGCGGAGAAUGUGUGCCAGAACAAUCAGCCAUGCGCACACACUGCCCCCGCUCCAGCUCCAGCUCCCGCUCCAGCUCCAGCUCCAGCUGCCACUCUCACACCCGUCAUUCGCUUCUGGGCCACGCAACCGGCUCCCAUGCCGGUCCCUGUGCCAGUCGCUCAGGCUCUGCCAGUCGGAUACCCUUCCCCCCAAACAGGACGAUUUGUUCAGAUGACCGUCCCGGGAAGAGGCAUAGUCAAUGUACCCUGCGCCUUUUAA